AUGGCAAUUUCAGACGCACUGAAUAAGCGACUUCGCGCUCGUCGCGACGAAGAAGAAGAAGAAGAUGACUUCGAAGACGAGCUUUUAUCAGAUGAAAUGGAAGGUAGUGAAGAAGACGGCAGAAGUAAUUCUGAUGAGGAACAAGAAGACUCGAACUCAGAUGCCGCAGAAUCAGAAGAAGAUGACGAUCAGGAUGAUGAGCAAGAUGGCGAUGAAGAUCUAAGCGACGCUCAAUCUAUCCAAUCUGCAAACGACAGAGAAGCAAUCCAAUCAGAAUUCCGUCAAAUAUCAUUCGGCGCUUUAGCCAAAGCACAAAACUCCAUUGGCAAAAAACGAAAACGAGGCGCUGAGGAUAAAUCAGAUACUCGAACAGACGACAAGAAGCCAUCAUCUACACUAGACGAUAUAAGAGAACGACUCCGAAAAGCGCGCGAACAAAAACUCGGUCUCACCAAUAACAACAACAACAAUAACAAUCAAAAUAAUAAUAAUGGAUAUCACUCGAAACCAAAACCACCACCAAGAAGCUCCAAACACGCCCCAGCCGUUCAAUCCUCCAAAGUCGCCGUCUCACGCAAGCGCACCAUCAUCGAACCAACAACCGUAAAAUCGCGAGAUCCGCGCUUCGAUCCCACAGUUGUGAAAUCCUCGUCAUCGGUACGACGCAACAACUCCUCCGCCGAAAACGCAUACUCAUUUUUGGAUGAAUACCGUGCUUCGGAGAUAAAACAACUCAAAGAACAGCUCUCCAAGACCAAGGAUGCCACACAAAAGGAGGAACUGAAACGAGCUAUAACGUCUGCGACGGAUCGACAGCGGGCGCUUGACAAUAGGAAACGGGAGCGGGAGGUGUUGCAGGAACACAAGAAGAAGGAGAAACAACUCAUUAAAGAAGGGAAGAAGAGCCAGCCUUAUUUCUUGAAGAAAUCAGAGUUGAAGAGGGAGGUGCUCAAGAAGAAGUACGAGAGUAUGGGAUCGAAGGAGAGGGCAAAGGCUUUGGAGAGGAGGAGGAAGAAGGUUGCCUCCAAGGAGAAGAAAGAUUUGCCUUGGGCGAGAAGGGGGAUGGAAAAUUAA